GUUUAGGGCGGGCAGGGGCGGACCUGACCCCCUGCAGCAGAGGCCAGGCUCUGGAGCCUGGUGCAGGCACAACUCUGAUACAGGCGGAGAGACUGCCUUGCUGGUGGCCUCUGGACCACGCGAUGACUGGACGGUGACUUCUGAGUCUGAAGACAAGAGCUGAAAAUGAAGGAAGAUUGCUCGCCCAGCUCUCAUGUGCCCGUCAGUGACAGCAAGUCUAUUCUGAAGUCAGAACUGUUAAGCCUGCUCAAAACCUACAACUGCUACCAUGAGGGCAGGAGCUUCCAGCUAAGAUCCCGUGAGGAAGAAGGGGCUCUGAUCAUCGAAGGACUCCUCAACAUCUCCUGGGGACUCAGACGACCCAUCCGGCUCCAGAUGCAAGAUGAUCGUGAGAGAGUGCACCUGCCGUCCCCCUCAUGGAUGCCUGAACAGUCCAGCUACCUCCAAAAGGACGCUUCAACUCAGGACAGCAAAGUCACUAUGGAGAAGCCUAGUGCUCAGCCUGCUGAGAUUUCCAGGGAUAGCUCAGGACCCCUGGAGGAGGAAGAGGAUGUCCCCCAGCUCAUGCGGACAAAGAGUGAUGCCAGCUGUAUAAUCCAGCGGAGGCCCAGGCCCCGGGCACCGGGUGAAGCCCAGAAGAUACGACGGCACCGGUACUCCAUCAAUGGGCACUUUUAUAACCACAAGACCUCUGUGUUCACUCCUGCCUACGGGUCCGUGACCAAUGUCCGGGUUAAUAGCACCAUGACCACCCAGCAGGUGCUUACCCUGCUGCUCAACAAGUUCCGGGUAGAAGAUGGCCCCAGUGAGUUCGCACUGUACAUUGUCCAUGAGUCUGGGGAGCAGACAAAAUUAAAAGAUUGUGAGUACCCGCUGAUAUCCAGAAUCCUGAAUGGGCCUUGUGAGAAAAUUGUCAAGAUCUUCUUGAUGGAAGCUGACUUGAGCGAGGAAGUACCCCAUGAUGUUCCAAGCCUUACGUCUGACAAUCCUGCAGCGCCUGGAGCAGCUGGUGGAGGCCAAGUAACUAGCCAGUGCUUGCCUUUGGGGAUGCCUGUGAUACCAAGUGUGCAUGGAGAUUCAGGGACCCAGCCCUAACUGAUUACUGACCAAUGGCUGCUGCUCAAGGAGCCCAGUACCUAUGCUUCUUCUAACCUGUCCACAGACCACAUAGCAUCCUGUGUCUCUAGUCUUAUGAGCAUGCAUGGGGACACCCAGGAACUUGAUAGCUAGGAAUAAUGUGCAAGGCCAUUCUAGAUAGUAAAGAGCCUUGGAACUGAGACACCAGCCACAGUGCAUGGUUGAAUAGCAUGUCCAGCCUUGUUCAUGCAUAUUUUCAGCUUAAGAGGGAAGUAUUACACCCAGCCACUGGAGAAUGGGCUUCAUCUGCUUGCCCAGUGCUUAUCCAGAGUUUCUGCAUGGCCAAAAGUCCCCACCCUUAUCAUCCAUGUGAACCAUGAAGCCCCCAUCUUCCCUUACUCCUUAAGGCCACUCAGGAACUCUGCUGGAACAGGAGCUGCCAACAGCUGUGAGGCAUGUCCUGAGUCUAACCAACGCUUCACUAUGGUAUCCUGGCCCCUGAGCCUCCUUUCGUAGCCAACGGUCCUGGCCUAGAGGUUAGAUCAGGAGGAGGACUAUCAAGAUCCCAUCAGCUCUUGGCACAAGUCAGCCCUGGCUUCGGAGUGUGAUCCAAAGAAAUCCUUGAAAGGAGCUGUCUUCAAGAAAUAUGUCAGUUGAACCAAUCAUGUUGCGGAGUUGAUCCGUGUAGCAUUGAAACAAUACUGGCUGGCAGUGGCUCCAGAAGGCGGUUCUCAGUCUCAUUCUUCGCCAUCUUGUGGAUGGCUGUAUGCCUCUUGCCUUCUUUGGAACUGAGCUUCUAGAUAGUGAGUAGGAACAGCUUUCAGUACUUCCCAUCAAAGCCUAGCAAUAAGGGAAAAUGUCUGUUUGGGGACAAAAGGCUUCUAAUUCCCCAGGCUAGAUGCAGAACAAUAUGUUUGCUGACUGAUGGAAAUUUCUGGAAUGAAUGAGAAAACUUCAUUUGUAAAACUAUGCAACAUCAGUCAUGGAAGUGUUUGUCUAACAGAGCAACCUAAAGGCCAGCUUCUGCCCCUGAGGCCUAUGGACAAUGUAGUUAAAGAGGAGUAUGAUGAAGGCCUGAAAAGAUGGAGCUCCAUCUUCAAUGCAGUGCAUAUGGGAGCUGCUCAUGGAACCCUGAAGAGUGGAGCUUGAGAACAGCUGUGCAGAGCUGAACCCCUGGGCAGGGCAGAUGUCACAACUGGAUUUCCCAGACCCAGCCCUGUCUUUAUGGAGACACACUCCUGCCUCCUCUCUCCCUUUUGACACUGUACUCUCUUAGGUGCUUAGUAAAGAUCAUUUGUGUUGAACAGAA